UUUCAUGGGGGGGGAAAGAAGUUGGCUCGAUUUCCUCCAGCACCUGUCUGUACAUAAUGGCAAGAAUCCACAAACCUGCCCAGGAACCUGAAGAGCUGUCGGAUAGUGACUUUGAAAGUCCAGCCAGGCAGAGGAGAAAAGUGCGUACAGCGCCACUGUCCCCAAGGGAAAGUGAGCUCCACUAUCAGGACCCAGAAGACCUCAGUGAUGAUGGGAGUGAUAAUGGCAGACAGGAAGAAAUGUCAUUGCACCAAGACAGAAUGCAUGAUCCAGUGUCUUCUUCACCAAUGGAAAGUGAGGCCAGACAUCAGGAGACAGGGGGAAGCACUCUAGAGAGUGAAAACGAGGGACAGGCAGAAGACUUGGGGCAGUUGUUUCCUUAUAACUUGGCAGAAUUUGUCCCUGUUUAUCUAGAGGAAGAUGAUGCUCUUGAAGAGGCAAUUCAGCGUAGUCUCCUGGAAGAGUCGGACAUGCCUAGUUCUGUUCAUGUUGUUAGGUCCUCUGAGAUGCUCAGCAGAGAAGAGAUUGCAGGCCUUCUGAAAGCUCAUAGUGAGAGAGUUGUAUCAGCAGGAACAAGACAAGUCCAUAUCAGUCGCGCAAAUGUGUGGAUCACAGCUUUGCGUCCGUUUAAAAGACCAAGUUUUGUGGAAAGCCAUGACAUGCUCUAUGUCAAAUUUGCCAGUGAUGAGCAAGAUGCUGAGGAAGAUGCUGCUGACUUUGGUGGACCCAGACGAGAGUUUUUCCGUUUACUGGUGAAGGCUAUCUUCCAAGACAGCGGAGCUUUUGAAGGCACCCCAAAUGGAUGUGCCCCAAGAUUGAACAUUCUCCACUUGCAACAAGGAGUGUACCGAACCAUUGGCAGAAUGAUGUCAACGAUAAUUGUACAAGGAGGUGAACCACCAGCGUUUCUGUCCCCACAUGUUGUGGACUACAUCGUGUCGGGUGACGUCCUCCAAGUACACGUCACACUUGACAAUAUAGGUGACCCUGGGUUAAGGGAGAACCUCAAAAAGGUUAAACAUGCAGCCACGCAGGAGGAUUUGGAGGAAGCCGUCAGCUGCUGUGACUCAUGGCGAUUUCAAGUCGAAGGUCUCCCACUAACUGUCACCAUGUCCAACAGAGAUGCGUUUGUGAAAAAUGCAGCUCUGUACCAUGCCAUUCUGCAACGGCAGAGCUGUCUUGAUCAACUCACUGAUGGCUUGUCUUACUAUGGGGUAUUGUCCCUCUUGAGAGAGAACCCCUGCUUGCGUGUACUGCUUGACAAACCAGAGGAAGGCCAAGAGCUGGGAGCCAACUUCAUUGCUGGUGUCCUCAAGCCAAGCUACUCUGUUUUGGGGAGUAACAGGAGAGCUAAGGAGGAGAUGACGGUGGUAAAAUUUCGGGAAUUUCUACAGUGUGUGGAAAAUAAAGAACUGCAAGAUGCAUUUGGAGACAGAACUCUAACCAAGGACGAGGAGGCGUUCCUGAAGGCUUUGAGCCCCGGUCACAUCCUGGCAUUUGCUACAGGAAGCAGCAAGGUCCCUGCCAUCGGUUUUCAUCCAACCCCUAAAGUUACAUUUAUUCACGAUGAAAGCAAAAAUUUCCCUAUUGCACAUACAUGUGCUAAUGAGCUUCAGCUUUUUGUGAACACAAAAUUAAUGGCUGAUGAUGAUGAAUUUCACAACUGCUUCCUGGUAGCACUGAUGAAUGGGUCUUUAUUCAGCACCAUCUGAAGAAAUGAAAUGAAAACUAGUCUCUUAGAUUUGUCAUGCACAGAAAAGCAUUAACAAAUGUAGGUCAGGCCUGAUAUGUUUGAAGCACCAGCUACGUUUUUUUCUCUGAUGUUCAGAUGUUAAUUCAUUUUUUUGUGUUGUGUGUUUUCAUGUGUAAAGUUUAAUGAAUCACAUGUGCUUUAUGGGACUCCAUAGGUUCAAAAUGAAAGUUUAACAUGACUGCAUUUGUGUUCCUUAAGCAUUACUACUUAUUACUGUGGUUGUUAUAUUUCAAUAGCCCUUCUAUGUUAAUGCUUCAUAGGAAAAUGGAGUAAACAGGAAUAUAAAGGAAGAGUUUAUGCCUUCUGUAUUAUUAUUUAAAAUCUUUUACUUUCCAACAUUUUAUAACUCUGAGUAUAAGAGGCUGAAGUUAUGGUUUUAUUACAGUAGCUGCCCUUGUACAAACUAAAAUGUAAUAUGAUCUACAGAUGUACAAAUAGAAGAAGAGGCACUGACAACAUUUAUUUGAAUUCUCUUUUCUCAGAUACAGGUUUAAUAUCAGAAUUGCACAGAAUUAGUUGUAAGUUUCUUACAUUAAGAUAUCACACAGCAAGUUGUUAUAUUGUUCAAGCAGAAAUUCAGACCAAAGUAAUGUCAUACAUACAUUUUGAAGUAAUUUCAUACAGUUGUAGUGAUACACAGUCUGUUUAUACAUCACUUAACCUGUGUAAUUUCAGAGGAUGCUAGAGCCCAAAGGAAUAUUUAAACUCAUUUUAUCUCAAAACUAUGUGGUACUUACCAUGGUAUACUUAUAGCCUUGUAUAACUCUACAGUAACUAUGUGAAGUCUUGUAGUUUUCAAACAUCUAUACAGUAGAUGCAUUCACUUCCAGAAAAAGGACACAUUUCAACCUUGGCAGUAUUACAAGAAAACGUAUGUUCACAGCAUUUUAGAAUGUUUUUGAGAGUAUUCAUUUUGUUUAUUUUUAUAUGUAUAUGCAUACUUCACUUACACCUCCAGGGAUAGAUGGAUUCCCUUGGUCACUGUUACCUGUCAGGUCACUAAGUUACAAGUUUAUCAAAAAUAAACUGCUGUGUUCUCUG